AUGGAUUCUCCUCGUCUAAUUAAUUGGAGAAAUGAAUACUUGGAUGCUAUAUCUAAAUUUAGAGAUGAAGGAAGACCGAUAUUUUAUCUAGAUGAAACAUGGUUCGAUACCCACGAUACUGUUCAAAAAGGUUGGACAGACGAUUCUAUUAAAUGUGCACCCAAUUAUCCAAUUAAUAGAGGUCAGCGGAUAAUUAUUCUGAACAUUGGAUCCAAAAAUGGCUGGCUUGGAGGGGAAAGUUUUUUACUAUCGGCAAAAAACAUUAAAGAUUCAAAGCUGGACUACCAUGAAAGAAUGACGAGUAGCUUGUUUAAGGAAUGGUUUGAAAAGAAGGUGUUGCCAAAUUUGCCUCCAAAAAGUGUAAUUGUAAUGGAUAACGCAACGUAUCACAGCGAACAAAUUAGAAAAAUCCCCGGUAUAGGUUAG